GUGACCAUUGUACGCCAUUGUAUCGGGACGAACACAGCAAUCAAACGAAGUUCUUCGCUCAUCCCGUCAUUGCGCAUAUCCCGAGCGUACCUUGUGCCCUACCAUUUCCUAACAUCGACCUUCUACCCCCUCAGCGUUGUGCUACCUCCCAUCUCGUGCCAUGCUACCUCCAAUCCCGUGUCAUGCUACAUCUCAUCUCGUGCCCUGGUCCAUCCCAUCCCAUGCCACGCCGCACCCUCACGGGGCGCGCUUUAGCCCUUCUCGUGGAUCACACUCAGCUCUUCUCGUGCAUGACGCCCCAGGACUUGUCAGUGGGUGCGCUUUACCCCUUCUCGUGAACAAUAACUGCACCCGACUUGUCUCCCUGCGCCCGACUCGUCUUUCUGCACCCGACUCGCCUCCCUGCACCCGGCCGGGUCAUCUUAGCGCUUCGGGUUGGGGUGUGGUAGCUUCCCUGACCACGCACCUCACUGCCUCCCAUCUCAUCCCAUUGCUCAAACACCUGCUCUCCAAGCUUCGCAUUCGUAUCAUGGCUCGCAAAUCCAUGCUCCAGCGUUCGCGACUUCAUGAUAGACGGCGACUGCCAAGUCCGGUCCAGGUCCCAAAUCAUGUUCUUCGCAAGCCAUGACCUUCGCAAGCCAUGACCUGCGCGCAUGUCAGCUUCGCGCCAUGGAGCGGAACCUGCUUUCCGCCUCGGGACCUUGCUUCCCCCCCUCGGGACCUUGCUUCUACCCGAGGACCUUACUUCGCGAUGCACAUGUCGGCGUAGCU